CCAAAUCUCUAUGCAGAUUGCUUCGUUGAGUGGCACAUGCAAAUAUGCAAUAGGUUCCCAAAUCUCUAUAAAUUCUUGCUAAGAGUAACACUGUCGAUGCAAAAAUUUCCAAGUCUUAAAGAAACAAAACAAUACCUAGUCCUAAAAAUUUCCUCCUAUGGAUAACAUAGUGAAACAAGAUGAUGUAGCUGUAGUGAUAGCCCCAUUACAUCUUCAAAGCCAUCUCCGACAACUUCUCCAUUUUGCCUGCCGAAUUUCCUCCUACGGUCUACCAGUUUACUAUCUUGGCUCAGCCUCCUCCAAUUGUCAAGUUAGGCAACACUCCACUACCUUAAAUCCUUCUGACAUAGCCAAGAUCCACUUCCAUGACCUCCAAAUUACUACUCAAGAUCCUCCUCUAGAUAUCCCCAUGCAUAUUUGGUAUGCUUCUAUGCGUUCACGUGAACCUAUUGCUUCUUUUCUUAGAGAUAUCUCCUCUAAGGCAAGACGAGUUGUCGUUAUACAUGAUCUUUUAAUGUCCUAUAAUGUUCAGGAUAUUUCUUCCAUCCCCAAUGGAGAAUCAUAUGUAUUUCACUGCCUUCCCAUUUUUGAUAUGUAUUGUAGUCACUAUGCUGCAGUAGCGGGGUUGCCUAUUCCACUUGAAGAAGAAAUUUUAAAGAAGUUACCCUCCAAUGAUGGAUGUUACAACCCUGAGGACGUCAUGCACCAUUCAAAGUAUCUGUCACAAUGCAUGGGAAUGAACGCUGGUGAUAUCUUUAAUACAAGUCAAGUAAUUGAAGGUACCGCUUUUAUUGAUUCGAUGGCACAUAUUGCGUGCAUGCAAAACAAGAAGCUAUGGGCACUCGGGCCGAUUUUCCAUACACAAGAAGAUCAUAAGAUCGAAAACAAACACCCAUGUUUGGAUUGGCUAAAUAAACAACCUCCAAAAUCAGUUCUGUACGUAUCUUUUGGAACAUCCACUUCAUUUUCAGCUGAACAAAUCAAGGAGAUUGCAAUUGGUUUAGAGCUAAGUAAACAUAAGUUCAUAUGGGUAUUUAGACAUGCUGAUAAAGGAGAUCCCGUUACCAAUAAAUGCGAACAGAAUAGAACAGGAGUACUUGAAUUGCCUGAAGGAUUUGAAGAAAGGGUAAAAGGUGUGGGCUUAGUCGUGAGAGAAUGGGCACCCCAACAAGAAAUCUUGGCUCAUUCGUCUACCGGUGGGUUCAUGAGCCAUUGUGGAUGGACUUCCUGCUUAGAAAGUAUAAUUGCAAGCGUUCCAAUAGCUGCUUGGCCUAUCCAAUUUGACCAACCAAAAAAUGGUUUUUUGGUUACAGAAAUAUUGAAAAUAGGCCUGCAUGUUAGAUUGUGGGAGAAACGGGAUGAGCUAGUGACUGCAUCCACCAUUCAAAAUAUAGUGAGAAAAUUAAUGUCAUCGAAAGAAGGUGAUAUGAUGAGAAAAAUAGCGCAAGAACUAAGCAAGGCCGUAAGGCGGUCUACGGAGAAAGGUGGUGUUUCUCGAAUGGAAUUGGAGUCUUUUGUGGCGCAUAUCACAAGAUAAAAUGUUACUUGUUUCGUGUUCUGAAUGUUAUUGCUAUUAAGUAUUUUGGUUGCAUUCUUAGUAAUUUGUUUAACGGGGUUGAUUGCUCUUUCUUGAAUACUAUAUUGAGAUUAAGGAGCUUAUGAACAAUUAAUAAAAAGAGUCCCUUUUUUGUU